AUGAGUGAAGAGCACUCCUCUGAUUCGGGCAGCCGUUUGAGAAGAUCCGAUUCACCUAAAGGUAGCAAUCCCAGGGACAUCGAAAACACAAAUGUAAAUAUUUCCAAUGGUUUCAAAAACUCUGAGAAAAAUAUAAUUCUAAAGGGGAACAUAAUUAAGGAGAUAGAAAAAAAUUCAAACAAGGAGAAGAUGCAGCGAAGACAAUCUCGAGUUUCUUUAAAACAGUGUAAGAGCAAAAAUGGAGCUGAUCCUCUGAACCCAAAGAACGUGAAAAGGAACAGCAUGCAAUCAUAUCAACACAAACCUCCACCUUCUAAUGUCGAAAAGGAACUUACCAGGAGGGACGACACCAUGAGUAGUAGGAUUAAGACACAUACGCCCUCUAAUGAAAAGAGUAAAGAUGCAGAUAUAAUCCCUUUUGAUGUAAAUCAAAAUGGAAUAAAAAAAAAAUCUCAGGGGAAAAAGGACCACGGUAGUGGAGGUAAAACGAGCCGUGGUAAUAUGACAAAACAUGAUGAAAGAGCUAAGUGUGAGGAAUCCAAUGGUUUACCCCACCUCGAGGGAGACCAUGCGAAUGAACAGAAAAUGGAAUCAAAUGAACAGAAUCAAAAUGAGGGGAAGAAAAGUGAAGAAAAAGCAAAUGAGGGGAAGAUGUGUGAAGAAAAACCAAGUGAGGAGAAGAAAAGUGAAGAAGCACCAAGUGAGGAGAAGAAAAGUGAAGAAGCACCAAGUGAGGAGAAGAAAAGUGAAGAAGCACCAAGUGAGGAGAAGAAAAGUGAAGAAGCACCAAGUGAGGAGAAGAAAAGUGAAGAAAAACCAAGUGAGGAGAAGAAAAGUGAAGAAAAACCAAGUGAGGAGAAGCCAAAGGGCAGAAACAGUGUGUCAAAUAAAUCUGAAAAAUAUGCCUGCACCACCACCAGCAGUAACUUAAUAAAGAUAAUUCAAAAAAGUGAGGAAUAUGAGCAACCGAAGAAGUGGAGUUUUUCUCUUUUAUUAACAAAUAUAAAAUCUAUGGUAUUGACAAAUUACAUUUAUGUAGCUAAAAGAUGUGGGAUACCAAAUCAACCAAAUAAACCAGGACCUGUACUAGCCAUAAGUAUAGAAAAAGAGAAUUCAAAUGAAUCCACUAAUUUAAUUGUACAAACCCCAUGUGCAUAUGAAAAAUAUUCACUCAGAGGAAAACUAAUUCAACAUAGAAGUUUAUACCCAUGUACAGUCACGUGUGUAAUUCAUGGAAGUAUAGGAGGAAUAGGGAAGGUUAUUAUUCUAGGGUUACAAAACGGGUAUGUACUAAUUUAUAAGAACAGUAAAUUUGAAUGCAUACUAAAAUUAAAUACGAAAGAAUGUCUAAAGAAUUAUUUUAAUAAAUCAUCUGCAUCAUCUGUUAGAAAAUCCAUAAAGAACAUGCAUAUAAAAAAUAAUAUUAUAAAUAUUCAUAAUGGAACAACAAAUCCGAAUGAAGCUAACAUAUUAGAUCAUAAUGAUUACAAUUUUAAUGGCAUGGGAGGUCAUAAUGAUUACAAUUUUAAUGGCAUGGGAGGUCAUAAUGAUUACAAUUUUAAUGGCAAAGCAGAUCAUAAUGAUUACAAUUAUAAUGGCAAGGCAGAUCAUAAUGAUUACAAUUUUAAUGAUAUGGAAGAUGAUAAUGAUCUAUCAUAUCAAAUUUCUGGAAUCUCAGUCAAGUCUACUUUUGCUAAUUAUAUUCAUUGGGUUAUUGCAGGGAAUAUGCAAGGAUAUAUAUUCGUGUGGGAAGUUCCCAGUGGAAAUCUCAUAAAAAUUAUUGUACACCCAGAUCAUUUGUUUGAUGAUAUCAAAAGUGGUGAUAGAUUAUCUGAUGCAUCAGAUGAUCCAUCUGACGAAUACAGUAACGGUUUCGACAGUAGCGUACAUAGUGAAACUUCAGCCCAUAACACACGGCUAACUAUUAAACGGAAAAAAAAAAAAAUAAUAAUAAAUAAAAAAUCCACAAGAUGGACGAAGCAUAAGGGUGAAGAGAUGACAAGCAGAAGUUCUCAGCGACGUUCGAGGGGGAGGGAAGAAGAUGAGGAAGAGGAAGAAUGCACAUAUGAAGAAGACGACACCUACAGCAAAGAUGAGGAAGAAGGAGAGUCGAUAGAAUUCUCAGACAGUAAUUAUAUGAGCGAUUCUGAUGAUUACUAUAACUCCAUUGACAGUGAUGAAGACGAAAGAAGAAGCAGAAGUGGGAGAAGAAGCAGAAGUGGGAGAAGAAGCAGAAGUGGGAGAAGAAGCAGAAAUGGGAGAAGAAGCAGAAGUGGGAGAAGAAGAAGAAAUGGAAAGAGAACUCCUGAGGACCUGCGAAACAAGUGCUACGUUUCAUCCAUCCUAGCAGUCACACAUAAAUAUGAAUUAUGGGUUGCAUUCGGUAGUGGUUACGUAGCAGUAUAUGAUCUCUACGAUUUCCAGUUGCUCCUGUACACGUGUAUUUCAAACAAACCUAUAAUGGAUUUAAAAUAUUCAAAAAUGUUAGAAGACGUAUUUUUACUAAUAGGAAAUAAUUACAUUUCAAUAUGGGAUACGAAAUUGUUGAAGCAGAUUAAAAAAGUAUCAACGAACCAAAUAGCGAAAACAUCUUCAUUGUCUACUUUGUAUCUGUUAGAACGUUCAAAUUAUUGGGAAAAUAAAAAAGUUGCUCUCAUUGGUGGUUGUAAUAAUGGUUCCAUUUCCAUAACAAGCAUAACCAAAAAAAUGGAUGGAGGAUUAUCUUUUUCAUAUAUACGAACGUAUCAAAAGCACUUUGAGCCAUAUGUCCCAAUAAGCUAUAUAUGUGUUCAUCCAAAUAUUAAUGCAGCUUUCAUUGGAGAUGCUAGUGGUGUAGUCUUUACCUUACCUAAAAUUUUUAACAUAUUGAAACAUGAUGACGUGUCCAAAUAG